UGUGUGUGUGAGAGGACCUCAACAGGCAGCCCUGACUAAUCGAGCGCAGAUCGCGCAGGAGAAGAGCAACAAGAUGGCGCAGGCAAUAUUUGAAGUGCUUGAAGGCAUGGACAACCAGACAGUGUUGGCAGUCCAGUCUCUGCUGGAUGGCCAAGGUGGAGUUCCUGACCCAAACAGCCAGAAUGUCUCUGGGACGUCCACCAUCCAGUCGAUGGACGAUGAAGACGUGUUCCUCUGUGGGAAGUGUAAGAAACAGUUCAACUCCCUGCCAGCCUUCAUGACACACAAGAGAGAGCAGUGCCAGUCCAGCGCUCCCUCCCUGUCCACGGUGUCUCUGGCCUCCACAAACGCCUACACACCUGUCCCCUCAAUCAGUGCUGGACCACAGACCCCUGCAAACAGACAGGUAUCAACAUAUAUCACAGUGCCUCCCUCUCCGCUUACACACACUCUGGUUCAAGGCAACGUGUUGGUGAGUGACGACGUUCUCAUGUCGGCUAUCUCAGCGUUUACCUCCAUCGACCAGCCAAUGGCCGCCAUGCAGACGCCCAUACAGAGUAACCUGAGCAUGCACACAGCUGGCGUGUCCUACCUGCAGCAUCACCACCACCACCAUCAUCAUCAUCAUCACCAACAGCAGCAGCAGCAGCAGCAGCAGUCCUCCCACGCCCUGCCAUCCAAUCAGACACAAGCCCACCCCCACCCUGCUGGUCAGCCCCCACAGCAGCCGCUCUCUUCACAGGUGCCAGCUAGCCACAGUAACUCAGUGGUGCAGGUGUACAGCACGCUGCCCCACAUGGCAGGGGGUGGAGGUGCAGAGAUCCACACCCUCGGUCUGCAGCCUUUCCAUCCUGUGCAAGUUCCCAGUCAGUGUGUGGAGAGCCAGUCAUUUAACACCCCACCUGUGUACUGCCCCGGGAAACAAGGCACCAAAACAAAGCUCUGCAGCAUUACCACCAAUCUCGCAGAGCUGGGCGACUUUGAAAAGGUCAUCAUUCCCAAACGACCGAGGAGCAGCAAGAAGAGCCCGGACGGAGCCACAGAGCAGCUAAAAGGAAAAGGUCCAAAGCUGAAGUGUAAUUUCUGCGACAAAAUCUUCUCGAAAAACUUUGAUCUUCAGCAGCACAUCAGAAGUCACACAGGAGAGAAACCGUUUCAGUGCAUCGUCUGUGGACGAGCCUUUGCCCAGAAAUCCAACGUGAAGAAACACAUGCAGACACACAAGGUGUGGCCUAUGGGUGUGGCCAGCACUGUGUCAAGAUUACCAAUCACGGUCAAGGUGGUACCAGUGUCAACAAACGAGGAGGAGAGGGGCCGAGAGCAGCAGCAGCAGCAGCAAGGUGAACCUGAAGAGGAGGGGUCACAACAGCAGAGCAGCCAAAUACAAGCUGAGGAAGAAGCAGCUCAAACAGAAGCUGCAGGGGAGCUGGAGGAGACUGUGACUGAAGCUCAGCAGAAUCCAGAGGGUGGCAGAGAGGAGAACAGGCAGAACAGACUCCCUCAGGUGCAGAUGCAGUCCAACCAGAACCAGCAGUGCCAGGCUCAGACCAAACAGAUAGUCUUGAUUGACAGCUCCUAUCAGUGCCAGUUCUGUGCCAGCAAAUUCAAGACAUACUUCCAGCUCAAGUCCCAUCUGACCCAGCACAAAGGGGAGCAGGUUUAUAAGUGCGUGCUGAAGUCUUGCUCACAGACCUUCCACAAGCUGGAUCAGUUUCUGGAGCACAUCAGGACGCACCAGGAGCAGCUGACGUACCGCUGCCACCUCUGCGGCAAAGUGUUCCCCUCGCUAUUUGAACUGGGAGUCCACCAGUACUCCCACUGCUUCUGCCCACAACAGAGCACACGCAAGGAAACAACCGUGUACAGGUGUGUGAAAUGCCAAAGCAGAUAUUCUACCCAGGAAGCACUGGAACAACAUCUUCUUACUGCCUCACACAACUAUCCCUGCCCACACUGUCAAAAGGUUUUCCCAUGUGAGCGAUACUUCAGACGCCACCUCCCCACUCAUGGCGUUGGCGGAAGGUUCAAGUGUCAGAUCUGCAAGAAGGCCUUCAAGACAGAGCACUACCUCAAACUGCACACACGCAUUCACUCAGGUGAGAAGCCGUACAAAUGCUCCCUCUGUGAGGCGACGUUCAACAGGAAGGACAAAGUGAAGCGACACAUGCUCAUCCACGAACCCUUCAAGAAAUACAAAUGUCCUUUCAGGACACAUGUUGGCUGCACCAAAGAAUUUAACAGACCGGACAAACUCAAAGCUCACAUUCUGUCCCAUUCUGGUAUCAAACCCUACAAGUGUCUGUUCUGUCAGAAGGCCUUCAGCCGCAGAGCUCACAUGCUGGAGCAUCAGCAGUCUCACACGGAUAACUACCGCUUCAGAUGCUCCACCUGCAACAAAGGAUUCACCAGACAGAGCUACUACAGAGAUCACAAAUGUCCCGCAGCGGGGAACGGGACAGGAACUGAAGGAGGAGGUACUGAAGACGAGGAGGAAGAGGAGGAGGAGGAGGAGGAGGAGGAAGAGGAAGAGGAAGAGGAGGACGGAGAAGUGACAACAGAGGAUAAGGAUGGAGAAGAGGACAGAAGAAGGUUCACAGGAAAUGCCAAAAGAAUAGAGAUGGGUGGGGGUGACAGAGAGGAAGACAGCUCAGAGGACAGACAAGAACGAGGGGAAACACAGGAGGAGGAGGAGGAGCAAGAGGGGAGGACUGAUGAGGGCUGUCAGGCUGCAGUUUCUAUCACAAACACUGAAGAACAAACAGAAAGAGAGGAAGAGGAGGAGGAGGAGGGUGGGAUGAGAAAUGGUGAUGGAGCAUUGGAGCAGAUGCAGAACAAUGACCAGAACUGUUUGCAGCAGCCAUGUUUGUAGUUCUGAGCGUCAUCUUUGUUGACAUGUCUCCUGGACCCGGACCAAAUGAGCCCCGUUAAACUUUAUUUAUGAAGACCGUCGGGUCUGAGAAUUUUUAAGAUUUGUUUUAAAUUAAAACAUGAUUUAAGUUAUUUGCACUGCUUUUACUUCUUCUGCUAAAAGUGAUGAAAUGAUUUGGAGAAUUAUUUUUAUCUGUUGAAAUUUUGUCGCCAAAAUAAUCUUGAGCACAGAUUUUAUGUCAAGCUGCAGCUGUUCAUUAUAAAUGUCAUGAUGUCAAAACUAUUAACAACACUUUUUGUUAUUUAUGCAGCUUAAACGUAUUGUUAUAUAAGCUUCAACUUGUCUGGCAGUAUAUUUUUGUGCAUAUUUAUAAAGUUUUGCAUUUUAAAAACUAA